CGACUGCCCUUGGCCUUGGGGUCGGGCUGGCACCGGGGCCGCGGCCUUCAGGAUGAAUUUAAUUCAGCUUGUGCGUGGCCACUGGGUGCAUAUACUUGUCCCUGUGGGCUUUGUCGUUGGAUGCUAUCGAGACAGAAAGAGGGAUGAAAAGCUAACUGCCUUCCGGAACAGGAGCUUGUUAUUUAAAAGAGAACUGAGACCCAGUGAAGAAGUCACCUGGAAGUGAAGGCUGUGGCUGAAUUACAGAACGGCCACGUUUUUUAAAUUACCAGAAAAAUAAAAAAACUGAACAAUUAAAAAAUAUAUAUAUAUAUAUAUAUU